AUGCAAAAUAAUUCUAUUUUUUAUUACGAAGAUUUUCUUCUCUAUGCUAUGUUUAAAAAACUUCGUGCUAAAUUGCCUGAUUGGCGAUUUAUAGCUUACGUUGUAGCGAAUUCUAUUCCAGGAAAAAGACUUGGCAAUUGGCGUUUUCCACCAGUUUUUUUUGCAGCUGGUUUUCUUUUUGAAAUUGUUCUUUGUAAACUACGUAUUAACAAUAUCAAUUUCUACGACGUUUAUAAACGUAAGCAAGCACAAGAAUUUGUUCUUAAAAAACAUCACUUAGACGAUUAUUUAAAAACAGUUUCUUUUCAAUCACCUUCAACAUCUACAAACAGUGUGAAAACUUGGAUUUAUAAAUUUAUAUUUUUAGAAAUAAUGAAUCCAGUACGCCGUCUUUUUUAUAUAUCUUUAGCUAAUACUGUAGCAUUCGUAAUUGGUUCACAAACUGCUCAUGUUUGGUUAAAUCCAAUGAAAGAUUAUAAAGAUUUUAUUUUAAAAGCAGAAGCUGAUUAUCAAGCUCGUCAAAAAGAAUUAGAAGAAGUAGAUGAAUAUUUAAAACAAAAACGUGAAGAUCGUUUGAAACAAAUUAGUUAA